AUGUGUAGUUGUCCAGUUGGAUAUAACGGGAAACACUGCAAACAUCAGGCUGCAGUAAUUUCAAAAUUUCGCAUUUUAAAGACAAUAAAUACUCUAACCCUCGAAAAUAAAAUAUUGUUUUAUCAAAUUGCUACCGGCAAAGAACCGAAAAAGACAUUAUUUUGUCCACUACAGUCACCUGGAACUAUAGAGACCUGUUUUACACCAGAAGUAAUUAGUCCCAAUGAAGUGGAUCCUUCUACGAUAGAACCAGAGCCACUGCAAGAAAUUAACGCGGUAAAAAACUUGGCCUCGGAUAUUGAAGCAACAAAGACUGCUUGGUUGGAAUACAGUAAUACAAUUUUGCAGCAUCUUAAAAAUUAUCCGGAACAAUUCUUACCAGCUGUCAAUCGACAUUUGGGUAAUUUCAAAAAAUAUACUAUUUCUGUACCAUCUUUAUUAUCAGGGACAAGAAAUGAAUGUGGCAACAUACCGGAAAAGGAUGAAAAAGAACCCGUUGAGAGUCAAACUACUUCAUUAAAGGCAAUAAAGUUCAUCAAAGGUACGAACCAGUUCAUCUGCAGGUAUCCGAAAGAUAAAGUGUACAAGGUGGUAGAACGAAUAGCGGUAUACUACAGAAUAAGCUCAGUGGACAAAGGCCACAUUUGGAGAUGUGAUAAAUCAGAUGACAGCGUUGCAGAUCCUCCUUAUAAUCCACCCGAAAUACCAAUAACUGAAAUGCUAGCUGAAAUACAUACAAAUAUUAGAGAUGCGAAGAGGAAGGUUAAAUACCAUUUAAACAACGAAAAAAUUGGUCGGAAAAGACUGAAACAUACUUCUACAUGGCAAAAGGCUAAUGGAAAGAGCUUGCGAAAUACUGGAGAAGCUUAUUUGUCUAUAGGUAUCGUGAAAAAUACAGAUGGUACUAAAACCAAAUCCAAAUUAGUCUAG